AUGGCAGAUGAUGGCACGAGCUGGGCUUACCUUAGCUGCUUCGAAGACUGGCAAAGCCACCGCAGCAAGAGAAAGCCUGCUUUGGAAGCCGAGAGCUGUCCACCACACGUAAAGCGUUUGUGUGAUGCUGCUUGUCAGCAGCACCCGGAGCUUGCCCAGGCUUUCAAAAUAGGUAGGCCAGUGAACGAAGGUGCGAGUCCGAGUGAACCGUUCCCAGUGCGUGGAAUUGUCCAGAUAAAAGUAGGCAGCAAGUAUGCAGGUCAUUUCUCUCCAGGUUGGUCGGAAAAAGCUUUCUUCAUGCAUGAAAUUUGCCAUGAUGCUGCGCUAGAUGCAUACACGCUGGAAGUACAGAAGCGGCUUUGCUUUGCUCUGUGGGAAGACCCCGUGCAUGCCAACUGCGUGACUCUCCCCAACAUUCGAAAAGUGAACAAAUCGGCAUCGGCAGAUUACUCGUGGAUCGAGGAUGUUCCUGUGUGUAGCGAAAACAAAUCACACAAGAAGUCCUUGAUAUGCCUGAUGACAGCCGCGAGCAUAGGUUCCAGUGCUCCUGUGCAAAGCAGAUCUGGUGCUGAUCUGAAACAGAAAUUAUUGCAGCUUCAUCUGUUUGAGCCUUCCAGCAAUGACAUACAGUUUCGCUGCCUCCGUGAGGUUCUAGGCGAUGCAGUCUCUGAGAAAUGCUUAGAUUUUCCCGUGCUUCGUUUGCCUCGCAUGAUUGCCUUUUUGGUUGUCGUGGGUUUGUGGCACGAGGUUGUUAUGCUGUCGCGUUGGACGCACCCGCAUUUUCCAUCCCUUACUGCCUCCUUGCCCCAAGAAUGGCUCACAACAGUGGCACACUCGCCUGAAGAUGGAUUGUCUACCCAGCUACUCACACUGGAUCACGUUGAGAACACGAUGGGGUUGAUGAGGCGUUUGGGCGCUCAGGUGUUGCCAUCCUUGCUGGACGACGAUGCAAGGGUCGGGUUGGAGAUGGAUUUGGAGAGCUGUCUGAGGGCGUUGCGUGCUCACGGGCGUACCCUAGAUGUUUCACAUGCAGUGUAUCACACAAAGCAUUUCCGCGGUGGGAUCCCGUCAGAUGUUUUCGUGCAACAGCUUGUGGCAAGCUUGGACUUGAAAGACAAGAGUAUGCUGAAGCGUCAUGCAGAACGUUUUUGCGCUUGUUUGCCAAAAGUAUUCCGCCCCUUGCUCGAUGCCUGGAUGUCGGGACAAGUUGUUAGUGCCACAUCGCUUGUGCGAGGUAGGCUGUUCCUGGACGUGGCCAUGCAGCUUGUGCAUCGUCAAAAUCUGUCAGAUAGUGGCGGUGUAUUGAAAUACGCCUGGGGGGAUGCAUCAUCUAAGUAUGGGUUGGAGGUGUACAAUUCUCGAUACCGAUGGUUCAAGAAGUCGCAGUGUGUGGAGCUUGCCCGUGCCUGGCGGUAUUUGUGCAACAAUCCAUGGGGUCCAGAGGUAGAUGAUGAGAUCUUACGGAAGAGAGCUGAGUGUUCCCAACUCCUCCAUGACAGCAUCCAUCUCCACACCAUGAUGCCGCAACUCUUGGGCAGCAAGCGCACGACCUUGCCGGACAAAGUAUCGGCGCAUGUCCACGCCAGCCUCCUAGAGUGCUCCAGCCUGCAAGAUCUUGACACCAGCUUUGAUAAUCAUAUCUCUUGGACAUCAGAUAUGGGAGUAGAGGCAGGUCUGCCAUCAUUUGGCAUACAAGGGGCUGAGAAAACCUUGCCCCCUUGGCUGCAGCCUGCAAGAGCCAAUGUUGUAGAAGGAGAGGAAUUUGUUGAAGACGGUCCUGUGGUGAAUGAAGAUGCAGCUGUGACGAAGCCUUUGAUGCAACAUGCUCUCCAGAUGCCCGGGAUUUGUCAUUGCAUCCACAAUGCCACAGAGACUUUGGAGACAGCGUUCCAUUGGUUUGAGACGUUCGUUGAUCAUUAUAAGGUUUUAGACAAGUUCCUAAGCAGCAAGCAGCGGCGAGAGCGAUUUGUGGAAGUGGUGAUGUAUGGUUCUCCUGCAUAUGAAACAGCCAAACAAGUCUUCUCAAAACAGGUGCCGGCGUUCUACACGAAGCGCUGGAAUGCCUUCACAGACUGUUUGCGUGAAACGCUUCCCAUGGCUUUGUUCCUGCGUUCACAUUGGGAUCAUGUGCGGUACCUGGAGGGUUUGGAAAAUGCGGCUUCAGUAGAUGAUGGCUGGGCUCCAACGGACCUGAACAGCAUAUUGAGCAACAACUACUUUUUCGCAUACUGGCGGAUGCAGCUGAAGCUCCGGGGUCAGUUGAGCACAUUCAUGUCAUGGGCAGAAGGGUGCAGCUGUCACAAAGUCCCUCGUCGACGUGCAAGUGACCAUGAAGACGACUCGGAGGACCCGAAGUCAAGCAUAUCCUUGCAAAGCCUUCUGAAUAUGGAGAUUACUUCUGCACGGCAGUUGCCCCGUAGGUGUCCCAUGAUGGGUUGUCAAGCUCCCUUUUUGGCCAGUGAUCACCUCGAAACAUUAUCGAAGCGUUUGGCAGAGUCUUCGCACCAUCUUGUUGCAGACUGCCAUGAGCGGCUCAGUCAAGAAGAGUGGGGCACCUUGCUGUCUGAGUGGAAGCAUGGGACUUCUGUGAUUAUUGAGAACCUCAAACUUCGGUUGGAGUUUUACACUUGUCUUCCUUGGGUGCUUCUCUCCGGGGCACAUCCUGUGGCAAACGUAGCACGUCAGGGUCUCCAAAAAGCUUUGCGGUUGUGGGAGCAAUUGCCAGAUGAUGCCAAAGCAUCUCAGCACUUGCUUGUCCGAGGCUUGUUUCAGGAUGCCGGUUUGAGUGAGCAGCUGGUGGCUUUUUUGGCAUCAGACGACGACAUAGAAAGUUUUCCCCAACUGGAGCAGUUUUUUUUUUUUUUUUCCUUUGUGCAAGUAGCUGAGCGGUUGAUCGAGGCAGCUCACAAAGACUUAGGCCAAUCUCGGCCCAAGAACUUCAGUAUGAAUCUACUCUCGAUCAAUAUGCGUUUGCCUGAGCUUGACCGUUAUCUGUGGCAGGACCCAGGCAACUUUGCAAAACUCGUAGAUGCUUUCGAACAGUCCCGGCACUUGCGUUCAUUCACUAGCAAUUUUCCUUGCUACCGAAACCACCCCAAAAUGCUGUCAGUGGCUGGCAAAAGAAAAUCUGCAAAGUUUGAAAGUUUUGUCAGGGAAGCUUUGUACCGUGAUGCGAGGCUGCAGUUUGCAGAUGUCAAGGAGGCUGCAGAGACCCAUAAGGCCGAAGUGAAAAAGAGAGAGGCUGCCCAUAAACCCCACAAGAACAAAGUGAGACUUUCCGAAGCUGUGGUCGUAGGACGUGCCAUCACAGACAGAAUCCGCGAAGUAGCGCACGAGCAGCCCGGCACCAUGUUUUCGAUUCACGCUGGACCAGACCAAGGCACAAGGUUUUUCACGCCAGUCCUGUUGAAUCCAUCUGGUCUGCGUCGCCCUGUGCAUGCCCCAUGUACUCUGCACGAGUAUGCUCCUACUGACAUGCUUGUCACUGUUUGUGAGAAUCGUGGAUCUGUUGAAAGACCGCUUGUGAAUGCCAUGUCUGCAGGAAGCACAGAGACACUAUCCAUGCAGCAAUUGCUCGCAGCUUGCGAUGACAUGCAUUCUUUCGUGAAAGAACUCCGUGUCUGGUCUCGGGGUGGUGGCUUGAAGUAUUGCUUGCCGCUGUUGGGUGGAGGAGUUUCCACUUUGCUGCAAACAUUGCUGGAUCAUGGUGCUGUGCCGGGCAAGGGGCGUGCUUUGGCAGUGCAGGAUGGUGCUAGGGAAGGGUCUUUGCAGAUGCUUCAAGGAUCAGGGUAUGUAGAUCAUUCCGCAGCAGGGUGGCAAUUAACUCAGAAAGCUUUGCAGAGCAUGGAGUUUUUUCGUGAGCUGAGCCACCCGACAUGUUUUGCAGAUCCUGGAGAGAAGCCUCUGAGUGACAUGUCAACACUCGAGCUUGUGUUCGUUCUGCAAAGCAAGUCAUGGACUUGGUCAAAAUUGCCUGCCAAAAAGGUAGAUCGGGAUCAACUUGAGUUCGUUCCAGGAAAGGCCCUUGUCUGGCGCACGGUCGGAGUUACAGUGCCUGCUUCCUAUAUGCGUUGUUUGCUGGAUGCAGACCGACUGCAGACUCAACACGGCAUCAGUGCGAUCCCUCAUGGUUUGUCAACUGAUGUGUAUGAACAGAUCUUCCUUGGGGUGCAGCCUGCUGAAGCUAUUCGUGCCAUUCAGGAUCAACGUAGGAAGCGUAAGCGGGAAAUCCAGGAUCCGGGUCGUUUGCAGAUCGAUGUUGAAAUAGGUGAGGUUGGUGGUGCUUUGGGCGAGAUUGGGGAGCAAUCCGCUUUGGCAGCGCUUGCACCGGUGCCUAAUCAGCAAAGUGCAGCCGAGCAGGGGGAGGGUGAGGGAGGCUUGUCAGACUUAGAUUUCGCAGGUGGCAUUGGUUCCCCUCCUGAUUUCUCAAAGGCUGACUCAGAGGCCUCAGAGGUUGAUUCGCAGGAGCUGAUUGCAGAAUUAGAAAAUGCCAUUAAUGCCGUGGAUGCCAAAGAUGCCAAUGACGGCCAUGAUGCCAAUGAUGCAAGCGUAGCGGAACCACCGCCCCGUCUCCCAGAAGGUGGUGCAGAUGCUAUGGCUGUAGACCCAGCAAACAUGCCUCAGGGGGAACCGUUGCCGUUGCCCCGUCCCGCAGAAGGUGGUGCAGAUGCUGUCGUUGACCCAGCAAAUUUGCAUCAGAUCUUGGAAGUCAAGGCAGCAGCUAAGUACGGGUUUUUCUCUUUCUCCAGAAAGCAGGCCCGCAGUGCACCGCCUUUUGGCGGGUAUGAGGCGAUCUGCAGAUACCACAAAAGAAGCAACGUGACAGGAUGCAAGCGCUUCGUGCGCUUGCCCAAUGAUACUGAGGAGGGCCGUGCAGCUGUCAUCACAACGCUGCAACACUGGUGCAAUUCAGCUUUGAAAUUCUCACGGCAAAGAGACCAUGUUCGCAUGCCGUUGGCCCCCGAAGAUGUCCAGUUCGCGAUCUUCGAGCUCAUCGUCUUCCAGUUCGAGUUCGAGCAGCUCUUCGUGAUGGAGGCCAUGUGCCAGUGCUGGAAGGUUUCAGUUGUCGUAUUCACCAUUGAUGCCGUAGUGUGGCUAGAGUUAAAAGGAGUUCCCGAGCCGACGUUCGGAUCACAUGCUUCGCAGUCAGUGCUCUGA